AUGUCGACAACAACAAAACAGAAGCGAGUUAGGCAAUUGCGAAAGAGAAGAUAUUCUUCGGGCAGUGACGAGGAAUCUGAUAACACCGAAGAGAUAGUAACAAAGAUCGAUGAUUUGAAAGAGUUGCAGAAGUUGAGGAGUAAACAGAAUGGGGUUAGCGUGGCCUCUCUGGCUUUGGGGAAAAAGAUUGAGAAGGCUGAUGAAAUAACAGAUAAUGAUCCAUUCAAGAUGAAAACUGGAGGUUUUAUAGACAUGAAGGCCCUCAAACCUCACCAGAUGGUGACAGAGGAUGGGGAGGCUAUUGGAACAGCCUUUGCUGCAGAGACAAACAGACGUGACGAGGAUGCUGAAAUGUUGCGUUUCGUUGAAGACGAACUCGCCAAAAGGAGGGGUCGAGCUGCUCGCAAAAAAACGCUGGAUGAAGAUGCUAAUCCCCAGGAAGAUACUUUGUAUCAGUUACCAGACAGAUUACGAUUGGCAGAGACAAAGAGGUCAGAGGACAUGUUGUCCAAUCAGAUGUUGUCUGGAAUCCCUGAGGUGGACUUAGGCAUUCAUGCCAAAAUCAAAAAUAUUGAAGCAACAGAAGAAGCCAAGCAUAAAUUACUGAUGGAAAAGAUGAGAAAGAAAGAUGCAGAAGUGUCCGAUUUUGUUCCCACAAACAUGGCUGUCAACUUUGUGCAACAUAACAGAUUUACAAUAGAGGACAGUUCUCCUCUAGUCAAGGAUAAGGUGGUAGCUGCUCCCCCCAAACCAGUCCGGGUGGGGGAUGCUGAUGAACCAGAACAAUCUAGAGCUUCUACAGGACAAGCCAGCCAAUUAAAGACUAAAACAUCUGCAACAGGCGAGAAGGCUACAGAUGAUUUCCAUUAUGAAAAGUUUAAGAAACAGAUGAGGAGAUAUUGAGCUAAUGGC